AUGAAUGUCAGCACCAAGAUCGCUUUGACGAAUGUUAGAAUAUUUGAUGGACAGAAGAUACUGAAUCCUACGACUGUUGUCAUCGAUGGUGAUAUCAUUGGAAUCGACCCCACCGAUGCCGUAGAACAGGACUGUGAAGGAGCAAUCUUGCUUCCAGGACUCAUAGAUGCUCACAUUCAUUUGAGUGGCAUCCAGGAUCUAAAAACCAUGAGCGGCUUUGGUAUUACAACCGCACUCGAUAUGGCUACCUGGCCUUUAGAAUUACUGAAUUCUUUGAGAAAUCAAAAGGGCGUGACGGAUAUUCGAAGUGCUGGGUUUGCUGCCAGUGCCUCAGGUAGCACCCAUAGCCGUUUUCUUCCCACUGAAAGUUUGGUCCAAAACACCGAUGAAGCCAAACUAUUCGUAUCUAAACGUGUAGCUGAAGGUUCCGACUAUAUCAAGAUUGUUUGCGAUAUACCUGGCCCAGAGCAAGAUGUUGUAAACACCCUGACUGCAGAAGCUCAUCGCCAUGGCAAGUUGACCAUUGCCCACGCUGCAACAGUUGCUCCUUUCGAAAUGGCUCAGAUUGCCAAGGUUGACAUGAUCACGCACGUACCACUUGACAAUACUCUCCCGAAAGAAUAUGUAGAUCGUAUGGUUACCGACAAGUGCAUUUCCGUUCCAACUUUGACUAUGAUGGAAGGCAUUGCCAAAUCUCGAGGAAUAGGACGGUACGAAAAUUCACGCGAUGCAGUUACCGCUUUGUACAAAGCUGGAGCAAUUAUUCUAGCCGGUACUGAUGCCAAUUCAAAUCCUCGCACACCUUUUAACGUUCGACAUGGUGAAAGUCUGCAUCAUGAGCUGGAGUUGUUGGUCGAAGCUGGGUUAUCAAAUUUAGAUGCCUUGAAGGCUGCCACUUCGUUACCCGCCCAAUACUUUGGUCUUAACGAUCGUGGUGUCAUCGAACCUGGUCGACGAGCAGAUUUGGUACUUAUUGCUGGUGAUCCUCUCCAAGAUAUCCGUGCCACACGCUUGUUGAAGCGGAUAUGGUGUGCUGGUAUCGAAGUCGAACCUAUCAUGCCUGAAAGUAGUGUUUGA